AUGACUAGAAUGACGUGGCUUGAAAAAUCAGGUUUUCUUGCCCCAAUAAUUGCAAUAACUAAUAGACAUAGCAUUAGAACAGUUCGAGAUGCAGCUAUUCAAUGGAUUACUCAGCAAUCAACUGGAUCAGUUGUGUCCGAUGAUGACUAUUGUCCAUUAAGUUUACCAGUUGUUGCUGAAACCUGGGAUGGAUUUCUUAAUGAUAUAAAUGGAUUUCAUGUUCAGCCGCAACAUCUCUUUGAUGCAAUUCGAUCUGCAAGUUCAGAUCAGAUUGCUGAAGGAAAUGUAGGAGGAGGAACAGGAAUGGUUACACAUGAAUUCAAAGGUGGUAUUGGAACAUCGUCUCGUAAACAUGGCGAGUAUACAGUUGGUGUUCUUGUUCAGUCCAACUAUGGAAGAAGAUAUCAAUUGACCAUUGCUGAUGUUCCUAUAGGUGAAGAAAUGUUAGAUGAACUUUUGGCCAGUUCUUGGACAAGGACGACCAAUUAA